UAGCGUUCUCAAAGCUUAGAUAGCACUGAUACGAUGAUUAUUAGUUUAUGAUCUUAGACACAUUUAAAGACAAAAGGAUCAUGUAUAUAUGGAAUAAUAUGUGGGUGGCUGGAUAAACUAGUUCUCGCUUUGGUUGUGUAUUUAGUUUUCCACUUUCUACCUUUACGCAGGUCACACAUGUCAUGGCUUCACCGAUUCUCUCAAAACCACACGAACAGUGGAAUAAUUACAGGAAACAACGCGAGGUCAUAUCGAUCAUCGAAAAAAAUACUCAACAUUAUCUUAAAGCCAUUACUUUUGCGUUACCUGGCGCUGCCAUUUGUGGGGACUGCAAGAAAAAUAAAAGGGUGCCAUGCCUUCCCUUGAGAUUUCAUGGACAACUACUCUUUUACUCCCCUAAAAAUCUAGCACGUUGUAAAAGGUACCAUUAA